AUUCUUUUGCUGUUUCACUCGGCGUGGAUGCAACGCAGAGCAUCGUGUGAUAUUCGCUCGCGUCUUUGGAACCUGCUGCUGCAACUCACUAUCUUAGUAGAGAGGAAAGCCAACACACAGCAGCUGCAGCCUGCCGCUGCCAAGCGAGAGCACGACGCCGCCGGCAAAGCUCGACGAUCGGAAGGAGUUGUUAAUUGGUUCAUAAUAAUUAAUUUAAGCAGCAGACCGACGACAGAACGCAUGCAGCAAGAGAUAGAUAGAAUAUAGCUCUAGACGACGCAUGGGCAUGGCCAAUCCGGUGAGCAUCGUGCAGGCAAUCAUAGACUUGGCGCUCAAGAUCAAGAAGGAGGUGGAGACGUUUCGGCACAAUCGGGACGACUGCCGCAAGAUCGGCGAGGUCGUGGCCACGGUGCGCGCCGUCGCAGAGGGCCUACGGAAGAGCGUGGAGGAGGAGGACGGCGGCGCGUUGGUGGGUGGCGCGCUCAAGGCUCUGAAGCAGGCCCUGGAGCGCGCCUGGGAUCUCGUGGUCGCCUGCCAGAGGAAGAACGCCGUGCUCCGUGCCCUGGAGGCCGACGCCAUCGCCGAGAAGCUGCGCCGGGUCUGCCUCGACGUCUCGCUCAACCUCAGCGCAGUGGUGCUCGCCAAAAUUAUGGAGAUUGUUGCUGCCAUUCCGGAUGCUCACCUGCAUCUGCGACAACAGGUCGCAAGAUUGGUGCAGAGUUUCAGUGAUUCAACUGAUGACGAUGUUAGUUAUUAUCAAAAUGGAAGUACAAGGGAGACAAAGAAAACAGAUGAUGAUGCUAGUUAUUAUCAAAAUGAAAGUACAAGGGAGCCAAAGAAAACACAUGAUGUUGCCAGGUACUCCACCUAUUCCCCGAGCUACGCCUAUCCGAGCUACUACGACUACAAAGCUCAGAGCUACGAUGGCUACCAGGGAGCCCAACGCCAAUACGACCAACAACGCUAUGGUGCAUCUGGCUCCUUGGGCGGAGGCGCGACGGCACAAGAGUUCAUUACAAACUUCCAGACUGUUGGGAACGCUUACAUGCAGAACUACCACGCUUACCAACAGAGCUAUGAUCGCUACCAGGGAGCCCAACGCCAAUAUAUGGCCACUGUCCCCUGGGACCAACAACGCUAUGGUGCUUCUUUUUUAGCUCUUUGGGCGGAGGCGCGACAGUCAACUACCCAGGAAACUACGGGCAUGUUUGGUUCAUGGCCACACAUUGCCAUGCCUAACCUUAAGUAGUAGCCACAAGUGUGGCAAGCCAUAAACUGUGGCAAAAACAAGGUGUUUGGUUAGUGACUAAGGUUUGGCAAAAUAAAUGUGGCUGCUGUUUGGAUAGUUACCACAAAAGCAUGGCAAAAUAUUGUGGCAUGUGUUUGGUUUGCAACCACAAAUGAAUGAAAAAUACCUCAUUGUCAUAGUAGGAUCACACUCAUUUUUCAGAGAACAACAUAUAUAUACAUAUAUGUAGAAGGUUUAAGCCUA